AUUGUAUUGCAUGUAUUGCAAGGCAAAGGAGUUUCAUUUUAAAGAAAUAUUUCCUCUUUUCAGACUCAGACAGCGUCUUUGGUUUGUUGAUAUAGAGAGCUAGAUGAAUCAGGUAGAUACCAAUCUACGAUGACACAAUGAAGGACACCUCAAACUUAGCUGACCCUUGUGAGGUUUCAACUCCAGAACCAUUCCGUUACGAAACAAAAUAUCUAGUCCUCAAGUUUCUAGGCCUUUCUCAAUCGGGCUCAUCGUUCGGGAGCUCGGGAUCAGGCUCGCAUAAUGACUCGGAUGACUUGUCACCCAAUAGUAGUAUCUUGGUAAAUUACCAGUCAUCGCGGAGUAUCUCGCAUACCUCGGAAGAUAACUGGUCAUGGAAAAGUGGAAGUCAUUCCUCAUCGGCAUCAAUCGGGAAGUUGAACUUGUCUCUGGGAAGUGCCGGUUUAAAAGAUCUGAAAGACUUUCGCUCCGUGUCUCAACCACAGUCAUACUCUGAUCGCGGCGAGUUUCCAGGAGUUACUGCAUUGAAGGACACAAAGGAAUUUCGUUCCUCAUCUCAACCGCAGUCAUACUCAGACCGUGGUGAGUUUCCACUGCGUGUUAAAAAAGCAUCCAAAUCCACCCAAUUGACUCCGAAUAGUUGUUUCUCAUCAGAGUCGAGUUUGAACGUAUCUGGGCCAGCUGUGAAAGGUGUGACCGAGAAUGACCACUCCUGUGGCUCUCCGUCACAGUUAGUCUUGCGUCAGAAGAAGCACAAGAUUAUAAAACCAAAGCCAUUAACUUUGGGCGAUAGAUUUGGUGUACCUGGUGAUCCUGAUUUAGAAUCUCCAAUCCUAGGCGAUUGCCAAUUGCGGCCACAAUCGGUGGACAAUUUGAACUUGGUCUCACAAAGUGGGGCUGAUUCCCCUGCGAUAACUAGUCAGGCUGAUGGUCCUAGUACUAAACGAGACAGUGUUAAAACUCUAGAAGGGACGCCAGAAGACAGGUCAGAAUGGGAAGGCCGCCAUUCUCGACAAGAUGUAUUCACAAGUGACAGCUAUGAAAGUGUUGAUACAUUAUUAGGUGAGGAGUAUCAGAAUGUUGAAGCAGAUUCGGCUGAUGUUUUUGAUGACCAGGACAGUGAGGCACAAACAGGGAGUGGGCUGAAUUGGGAGUUGGGGAAUGUUCCUGGGGAGGAGUCAGACAAAAGUGAACGUGCAGAGGACAUGACAGACGGGCCUGGACUGCAGGCUGUGGGAGGACAAGAGAGCCAAAAACCUGCCUACAUGGAUCUGCUUCCUGGGCCGAUUCAACCUCCUGAUUCACUAAAGGGGAGAUAUGAGAGUGGAGCCUUCAAUCAGUCUAUCAAACACGGUGCUGGUGAUCGUUCUGGACUCAACUUGGAGGGUUUGGCGAUGCUACAGCCUAACACACUGACAGUCGAAGAGACUCCCAUGCGAAGACGCUACUCAUUCAAUACGAUGGUGAACUACUUGCAGGAUGACGUCUCCGAGGCCUUGGCCGACUUGCAAGUGGAGCUCAAUGAAGCGAGCCAUUCCCAACAUAUCCCGCUGACUUCAGAGAGCCCAUUCUCACCCCAGAGCCCUUGCACCAACGUUGCCCAUGUCCUUGGUGUGAUAGGGGACCAGGUCAACCAAGAGUAUGCGCACAUCUUGGAGCAGGCCUCGAACCAUGUCCUACCCCGACAAGAGUUAGUUGGCUACGAUGAUUUUCGAGAGGCAGCUCAGCAGAUUGUUGAAACAACGUCCCAAACCUUGGAGCCCAGUGUGCGGCAUUGGUAUCAGGCAGGUCUGCUGCUGUGCUUCAGUAAGAGGGUAGCGAUGGGCAUGAUCCAAGGUGGAGAACGGGGCCUCGGCCGGCUGGCUGAAUACACAACAAGAGCGAUCGAGGACACAUUGGCUAACUAUAUCAUCAAUGCAGGGGGCUGGAACUCUGUGGGCGAACUUAACUUAAUGACAUCAUCGCCGCUGAACUCAAGCCUGUCUCUGAGCACCCACACUCCCUCACCUUCCUCUGAAUCAAAUCCAUUUUUCACCCGACAAUUGUCGGCGAAGAGUGACCCAGACUGUAACAAAGAAGCUGAACCUGAUGCCCAGGUUGUUCAAGGUGAUGAGGUUGGUUGUGAUGAAGUUGACUGCGAUACGCCUGUUGACAAUGCAGAAAUCGUCGCAGAAAGGUCAAGGUCGAAUACAGCAAUAUUCCAAGGAGCAGCGAUGUCUGACGAUGAUGGUUCACAGGGAGACAGGUUUGAGAUACUCAACGUCAGGGAGGGUGACGCAGCAGAUGUGGAAGAGGAUGUCAACAAUGAUACAGCAGCCGACGCGGAACAAAGUCGUGUGAACAGGUAUCUUGGUUACGUGCAGGCGGGUAUGACCAUGGUGGCUCUUUCUGCUAGUGUGGCCAUUUCAAUUGUCAACAGACAAUGAGUGAGUGUGUGAUUAGUCAGUGCAGUGUUUGGUGAGUGGUUCCUGCCUAUUCCUGUCAUUGUCAACCACCAUUGCUGUCAAGCCUAUCUCCAUUUGUUGUUGAGAUAACACUUACUACACAGUCAAGGCUUUUCAACUUCUCCUCAACUCGGCCUUUUACUGAAAGUCUCUGAAGCUCAAAGAGAUUUUCUUUUCAUUUGCCAUGUGUUUGGGCAUUAAAUGUGAUUGGGAAGUUCAAAACAAAACAUUUUGAAAAUGAAUUUUUGUGCGAAGUGGCUGGGGACGGGAGCCUGCUUGUUUUUUGGUGCCCCCUGGUUGAGCUCUGCAUCCAAACAGGCUGGUGCCCCCUGGUUGAGCUCUGCAUCCAAACAGGC